AUAACCACAGUCAAGGAGAAAUAAUUCAGCACGAAAAGGCGUUCAGUUAGUAAACUCGCUUGCAAAAAAUAAGGAAAAACAUGGAGCAAAAGUAUGAAGAAGAAAUAAAACUACUCCAACAAGAGAUAGAGACAUAUGAAGCCGAGCAGGAAGAGUGUUUACAGGCUAUUUCGAGACAACAUGGAGAAACCCUGCAAAAUAUCCUAAGGGUCUCUAUCCAAAAGGACAGAGAAGAUGGAGUGAUCAAUAAAGAUGUUUCAAAGCUCAUGACUGAAAUCAGUGAUCUGGAAAAGGACCACAGAAGACAGACAGACAUCAGUGGACUUUCUCUGUCUGAGUGCUGGGUCAAGACACUGGAAAAAAGCAAUACAAAAACCGUACAGCAGUACAGACUUGCUGGUCACUGUUGGCUUCUUUCAUUCCAAGUUGAGUUUGCAGUGACUGAGAUUCAGGACGGUGAAACCAUCCUGACAAAAGUGACUGACCUCAACAUUAUAUCGGAUGGAGCAGAGUUUAAAGACUUGUGUGGCUUUCUGUCAAGUGUAGAGGAGUCAAAGAGCGUUUUCCUGUUCUUCAGAACCCUGAGGUCAUUUUCAGAGGGAUGCAAGCAAAGAACUUGCACGUUCCAGCACUUUAAGGAGAAAUACCCAGAUGUGGUUCAGCUUCCUGAAGGCUGCAGGUCUGAGAUCAUGGUGAUCCAGAGUCCACAACUUCCUGGGUGUACUAUGAGCAUUAUCUGGAACAUUACUGUCAGUAAAGAUGGAACAGUCAAGCCGAAGAUUGAUCUACUGACGAAAAUGCCUGAGCAAGCUCAAAAACUGGAUACAAAAAACGUGGUGGAGUCAGCGCCGGAAUGCGUUCGGAGUCUCCUGAGGGUGUUUGGAGUAGAAGCGACGAUCGAGAGUUUAAUCCAAUCUGUAUGUUUUUGAACAAUUAAGCAACACAACAACCUUGAGACACAUGUAUACUUUAAUCAUUUUAUUCAGUAUAAACACCACUAUCAAUCACCCAUUAAGAAAUGUAUUAAUGCCAUCUGUACACAUUGUCACCACAUGUACAUGUGUGCACACAGCAUAUGUAAAUAUACAUCAUUAGACAAUAGCUAGAAAAAUAAAUAAUUUAAAUAGAAAAAUGACAGCAAAAUCCACUCUUUUGAAAUGGUGAAUAGUUUAGUCCUUAUGUCAUCUGUAUCACAGUGAUUGUGAUUUUUUUUUUGAGAGGAUUAAUAACAACCUGGGUUUCAGUUUAGCAAGUACACAUCUUUUAGUUCCUUGUAGUGAGUCAGUAAACAUUUUGCUCCCUGCACAUUAACCACCUUGGAUAGCCUUAGGCAAACUCAUACACUGCCAAUCAAAAGUUUAUCUUAAUAUCAAGCUGUCAAUUUUUACAGUAUUUAAAAGUUUAAUUAAGGAAUGCAGGUGAAUUAAAUUGGAAAAGGAUAAGCUCUUGCUCACUUCAUAGAAUAGAGCAUAGGAUAAUUGUCUUUAUAACUGAUAGUUUUUCUAGAUCUAUAGACAUUCACUGGCCACUUUAUUAGGAACACCAUACACCUGUUUUAUGCAGUUCUCAUCAGCCAAUCCCUUGACAGCAGCACUAUAUAUUAUACAUAAAUAAAAAUCCAUCUAUCUGUAGCCGCUUCUCCUGUUCUAUAGGGUCACAGGCAAGCUGGAGCCUAUCCCAGCUGACUAUGGGCGAAAGGCGGGGUACACCCUGGACAAGUCGCCAGGUCAUCACAGGGCUGACAUACUUUAUAUAUAAAACACACAGAAAUCAAGAGCUUCAGUUAAUGUUCACUUCCAACAUCAGAAUGGUGUGAUCUGUGACUUUCACUGUGGCAUAGGGGUUGGUGCCAGAUGGACUGGUUUAAGUAUCUCAAAUUGCUCAGCUCCUGGGGUUUCUCUCUCUCUCUCUCUCUCUCUCUCACACACACACACACCUCUAGAGUUUACACAGAAUGGUACAAAAAAAAAAACCCAUCAACAGUUUGGUAAGUGGAAACGCCUUGUUGGGAGGCCAGAGGAAAAUGGCCAGAUUGGUUUGUCAGGGAGGCUACAGCAACUCUUUACAACUGUAGUGAGCAGAAAAGCAGCUCAACAUGCAACAGCAGAAGACCACAUUGGGUUCCACUCCUGUCGGCCAAGAACAAGUUCCUAUUAAAAAGUGGCUGGUGAGUGUAAACUUUGAUUCCUGUUCCAAGUGCUCCUAUAUUUAUUAAAAGAGACACUGAAGAUUUGGGUCAUGAGAGCAGCAUUUGUUUAAUUUUCCUUAACCUACUUUUCCUCUGGGUAAGUAGUGUUUAUAAUAAAACAAACUCCACGUGUCCAAACUUUUGACUGGCAGCGUAGUCGAAAUAUUUUCUUUGUAACAAUUCUUCAGCCUUGUCUACUUUCAACUGCAAAAACUUUCCAUUUUUACUCCUUCACAUAAUGACUACUGAACUAAAAAUCUUCAGCACAAACAUGUACAGAGGUACAUUAGGAGGAACAGUAGAGAGUUUGGCUGAUAUUAAAGGCUGUCCAUGUUUAAAUCCAUUCAAAUCCUCUGAACUGUUGAUUAAGGCCUCGAGAACAGACAUGCACAAAAUGUAAAGAGUCAAAUCAAGUCACGGACUUGUUCAGCUAAAGAGAAACUGAACUUUAGUGGUUUAAAUUAGACAUAGCAAUUACUAAACAUGAGCUGGAAGGUUAUUUUUAAAAAAAAAACCUGUCCAAAGCAAUGAUGCACUGAUGGUGUGGCUGAACAGACAUGUAUUUAUAAGCUGAUCUGACCCUUGAAGAUGAGCACAGGCAUACAGUCUUUGUAAGUAAUGUAUAGUGUCGAGUUAAAAGUGGUCUACAUAAGUGAUAUUUGGGAAAGUUUACGUGUCUUUAUAAAACAUUUGGCUAUAGUAAAACGCUGUGCUUUCUGCUGUAAGUAAAUGGGCCAGACAUAUGUACUGAGCCACAGGCAACUUGUUAAACUACUUUAUUAUAAAGAACAAGCCAUUAAAAAAUGUAAUUAA